AUGUCGCAAAAGUUGAAGGGCAAAGUGUGCAUAGUCACAGGCGGUGGCCAUGGCUUUGGAGAGGCUAUGGCGAGGCGCUUCGCCGAAGAGGGCGCCCAGGUGGUCAUCGCAGACAUCAAUCCCAAGACCGGAGCCAAAGUCGCGGCUGAGAUCAACGGUUCGCAUGGCGAGAAGACCGCAUUGUUCCAGGAGGCAAAUGUCACUAGCCAGGCCUCGUGGACGAAGUUGUUGGAAGCCUCGCUGAAGGCAUUUGGCAAGGUCGACGUCGUGGUCAACAAUGCGGGGACGACGUAUCCUAAGAAGGCUUCACAUACAGUUACCGAGGAAGAGUAUGACAAGGUUAUCGCCGUCAACAUGAAAUCCAUAUUCCUCAGCGUCGCGGUGGUGGUGCCGUAUUUUAUAGAACAGAAGGCAGGCUCCAUCCUGAAUAUCAGCUCGGUUGGAGGCAUCCGAGUCAAGAACGGGCUGGUAUGGUACGGUGGGACCAAAGCAUUUGUCAAUAAGAUCACAGAGGGGCUUGCCUCAGAAUACGGUCAUGCUGGGAUCAAGGUCAACGCUAUCUGCCCAAUUCUGGCAUAUACCGACCUAGCACAAUCCUUCAUGGGAGUCGAGGACACGCCAGAAAACCGUGCUAAAUUCGAGGCUUCGUUCCCUCGAGGUGAAGCAUUGAAGCUCAACACUUCGACCGGCUAUGUCGCCAACGCUGCGGUAUACCUUUUGUCCGACGAUGCAGCAUUCGUAAGCGGGAUAUGUAUGCCAGUCGAUGGCGCCGCAACAGUAUUUGCCGCUGGAGUCGGCAAAUAG